AUGAAAGACAAAACAACAAACUUCAAAUUGAUCAAUACAUCUACAGGUGUCAGAGUUUCUCAAGCUUGUGAUAGAUGUAGAAUUAAGAAAAUAAAAUGCGAUGGUUUAAGUCCCUGUUUCAAUUGUAAGAAAGUUGAUAUUGAAUGUAAAACAAGUGAUAAAUUAACACGAAGGGCAUUUCCAAAAGGUUAUACUGAGAAUUUAGAAAAGAGAGUUAAAGAAUUGGAAGAAGAAGUAAAAGAUCUUAGAGGUGCUGCUAUACCUACAACUACAACUACUAAUGAUAAAGUGAUACUUCAAUCAUCAAAUCAAUCUAUACAAAUUAAUAAUCCCAUAGAUCAAAUUUUUAAUUUAAAUGAUAAAGGUGUUAUAAUAGGGAAUGAUAAUUUAAACUUUGAAAGUCAAUUUAAUCAUUUAUUAAUUAAUUUAAACUUGCCAUUUUUGAAAAUUACCAAUAGUCAUAAUUAUUUAUUAAAUGAUCCUGAUAGUUAUUUAUAUCAACAAUCAAAUAAUAAAGAUAUACAAAUUUACAAUCCAUUAACAGGGAAUGAAAAUAAUGUCUUACCAACAGAUGUAUAUGAUUUAUUUAUAAAAUUGAUUAAUAAUUUUAAAAAAAUAUUCAAAACUAAACAAGCAUUGGAUUAUCAAGUGGUUCAAUUUUUCCUAAAUUAUAAUGUAUUUAUACCAAUUUUCGAUUAUAAACAAUUUAUGGAAUCUUAUGAUGCAUUCCAUACAAUGUAUCCAUUUAUAUUUACUUAUGAUGAUUCAACAAUAAAUGGGUUCAACCUUUCAAACACAAAUGAUUAUGGUAUUGUAAAUACAUAUUUAAUGACAAUUAUUCAAAUUUAUACAAUGAUUAUGAUGAAUAACCCGUCUAUCAAUUUAAACUUGUUAUUAAAUCAUCGAGAUCCACAUUAUUCAAGUAUUAAGUCAAUAAUAAAGUCUAUUUAUGACUUUCUACCUUAUUUCAAUGGAUUUCAUGUUUCAAUUAGUCAAUUACAAACAUAUUUAUUAUUUUUAUAUUACUCAUUGUUAACUAAUAAUAAAGAAAAAUCAUUAGUGUUAUCAUCAUUAGUCAAUGCCUUUAUUGGGAUUCUAGGGAUAAAUUUGAAUUCAAAAAAUUUAUUCUUUAAUGAUUUAUCUUUGAAUCAACAACAACGGAGAAAUAGAGUAAAGAUUUUUUGGAAUUUUAAAGUGUUACUUAAAUGUUUUAAUUUAAAAUUUGGAUUCAAACCAAGUUUAAAUACUACAGUUAUUAAUCCAGUUACAAUUGAUAAAUAUUUCCAAUUAACACCUGAAAAAUUAAGUUCAUUACUAGAUGGUUCAGAUGAUUUAUUCAAUACCUUACUUAAACCUAGUAUUGAAUUUUUAAAUUUAAUGAAUAUAAUUAUUCCAUCUUCAUUUUCACCAAAUUAUUAUCAAUAUUUAAAACAGGAUAAAAAAAAAAAGGAAAAAGAAACUCAUAAUCAUCACCGACUAGAUUGGAUUUUAAAUGAAGAUGAUGGUGAUGGUAACGAUGGGAAUUUAAAUUAUAAUUUUAAUCAAUUUUUAACCAUUGAUAAAAAUUUAUCAGAUUGGAGAUUAUCUUUAAGGGAAAAGAAAAUAUUACUCAAACCAAUUGAAUCAAUGGGAUUACCAAAUUUUGGAGAAACUGAAAAUAAUUUAUAUCAUGAUGUUUCUGAAGGUUUAUCGCAACAAGGUUAUAUGCAUUUUUAUCAAUUUGGUAUACCUGACGUUUAUACAGCUUCUCAAUUGAUUAAAAUACAAUUAAAUUUUCAUUAUAUUUUAAUUAGAUCAAUGAAUUAUCUUAAUUUUAUUGUCGAUAAGGAAUUGAAUUUUAAUUAUUAUAAACAAAUUUGUCAAAUUUCACAAGAAGUAUUACAAUAUUUUCUCAUGUUUUUUGAUCAUGUUAGUAAAGCAAAAGAAAAGGAAAAUUCACCAAUAAUCUCAUCAAAUUCAGUAGUCAUGGAAAGUUUAGGUUUAGAUGUUGAUGAAGAUGGAUUUGUAAUUAAUGAUUUUUCAGUUAAAAGAAGAAAACGAACAGGUAGAACAAGUCCAUUCAGAAAAACAACUAAAGAAAUCCCAAUGUCACCUUUUAAUGCAAUGUUGAAUGGAUUAUCAUUAACUGUAAUUAAUUUGAAAAAAUCAAUUGUUUUACAAAUGUUAUAUUUAUUAAUUUGUCAAAUGAAAUUUGUUAAAAGAAAUGAUUUAUUAGGUGGUAUAAAUGAUUCAAUUGAAUUAAUACUACGAUCUGUUGAUUUAUUUGUCAAGGUUUUUAUAAAUUAUACUCCCGGUACAAAAUUAAAAGAAGAUAAAUUAUAUGAAAAAUUAAUAAAUGAUGAAUUAAGAGAUGAUAUACUUAAGUAUCAAGAAAAUUCUGAUGUUGAUGAUGAAGAAGAGGACUUUUCUUACUAUAAAAAUAUUGAUUGGGAUGAUGAGGACAUGGAUGAAGAUUUAAAAUAUUUAAAAAUUUUAAAAUUUAUCAAAUAUAAAUGUCAAAAGAUUCUACAACAAACGAUAAACAAAACUUCAGUGUUGACUUAUAAUCAGCCAAAAUUAAAUUAUUAUGAAGAAGAUAAAAGUGCAGCUCAUGAUUUAUUAAAUUUAAGAAGGCAUAGUUCACAAGGUGGAAUAAAGAAUAGUUUUUAA